CACACGGGUGGGUUCCGGGUGGUUUCGUCCCUCCUGAGUGAGCUGUUUCCUUUUUGGGUCGCUUAUUCGCAAAUCACCUGGUUUUGCUACUAUAUUUGGGGAAAUAACCCCAAUAUUUAUUCCAUUUAGGCAAGCAAGGCUAGCCUAGCCCCAGCCGGUGUCGGUCCAUCCGUACCCAAACAAACCCGUACCCAUACCAACCCGUACCCACUUUGGUCAACCCGUACUCAAAUUUAGGUCAAUCCGUACCCGCGUUGGUCAACCCGUACACACGUCAUUUUGGUCAACCCGUACCCAAAAGAUAUUUGUAUCUGUACGAUCUCGUGCAGUCUGUAAGAUUGUCGUUGCCGCUAAUAUUAAGGCUUUUGGAAUCAAGACCACCAACCAUGUCAGGAAUACACUUACUUAUGAUAAACCCGAAUGAUGGUUCGCAACUGGUACCAGAAGAUGUUUUCAGAUAUAAUGUACCUGAUAAAUUCCAGAUGGGCAAACAAAGACUGUCUGGAGAAGUCAUCGAAUGUUCAUUAAAGGAACUCACUGGUGUGGAUGAAACCUUUAUGAUCUGUCAAGUUUGUUCCGAAAUUAUCAGCGAACCAGUAACACUACCGUGUCUACACACAUUCUGUGACAAGUGCUUGAUCUUGUGUGUCUGCGAUUAUGGAAAGGUUUGUCCUCUGUGUAAACAGGAUUUUGAGUGCCCAGGUGCAGAUCUUGCUCUCCUCCCAAAGAACAGCUUUAUACAUCAUUACCUGACCAUUGCUAUAGCAGCACAGGAGAUCGAUACUGCGGCUUGCAAAAUCUGUUCACUCAUACCAGAUGACUACUGUCUCGAUUGUAGUGCCUAUUUGUGUGAACUUUGCUCAAUUGUUUGUCAUAAGAUGAAUGGGAAAGAUGGCCACGAUGUGAUGCGGUUAUUAAAAUACAAAAAAAUGAUAGGACAGAAGAGGCCUGAGUGUGUAGAUCACGAUGACUUAGCGACCAACUUCUGUGAUUCAUGCAAAGUGUUGGUCUGCAAGAAGUGCCUCAGAGAUGGCCAUAACCAGCAUAGUUUGGAAGAUGUUCAGUCUGGAAUCACCUACUUCAAAAUAACAACAAAUGGUCUGGUGAAACGAUAUCCAUAUGAAGAUAGUCUGUUGUAUUGGACAAGAAAGGCAAAGGGCUUACCACUGAAAGGUAAAGAGGACACAAAAAGACUUGAAGCUGCAUCGUCCAAACCCCCUGUGCAGAAGUGCUGCAAAAAGACAUUGUCAUUAGAAGAGAUUGAACAGCUUAAAAUUAAGCUGGCCAACAAUGCUCUGCCAUCACGUCUCUCCCCUGAUAAAACUGUAAGAAUAUCAACAUUCCAAACAGAAGAUAUGGACUGGGAAGUCUAUGUUCCAGUUGUCCCACCACCACCUCAAAGUGCCUCCAGAUUCCAACCUCCAAUUGAUGACGGUACCAAGAUAUUGGCAGAACUUCUCAAUAAGUCCGUAGUAGACAAACUGGGUGAUUCAAAGGAUAAAGAACAAGUUGAAACCAGCAAACCACAAGCAAUCAAAAUGCCCGAGUUCAGCGAUUCUCGUGAAAAACGAAUAAAUAAAUUUCACAAAUUUAUGAAGGCACUUGGGAAUGGGGAAUUUCCAGGUGUGGAGUCAUCAGAUGAGGAAAUGGAUCAAGACACAAGCUCGGAUAAAAUGUAUGAUGAGAAUGAAUGCAAACCGGAAAGUGACUGGAGUAAAAAGAAGUUGAGGUUAUAUGAUUACCCAUGGAGGAAAAACAGUACUGCACCUUUUGAUAAAUCCAUCAAGCACUACCCAUACUGCAAAGAUGAUUACGCAAAACCACCAAAACUUUCAAAACUAAAUUCCAGUGACAUCAAUUUCGAUGAUGUAGACUAGAAAAACAAAUGAAAGGUGUAAAAUUAUUUCAGAAUGUACUGGUGUUAGAAUUAGUAGUAAAGUUGAAGAUGAUUUAAUUGAAUCCAAUAUAAUUUUUUUAAUUAUUCACUUCUGAGGCGAAUUAUAUCAAGGUAUAAUAUUUGUGUACUGUACAGUAACCAAGCACAUAUGGGAAUUUGGAUGCAAUUUUAUAAAAUAAAUUCAAGACAUGAAGAAAAAUUUUAAAUUAACAUUAAUUGUAAACAGUAUUUUGAAUAUAAUUCAACAUUAUAAUUGAUAAUUUUUUUUUAAAUAUUUACAUUUUAAAGAUAAUAGUCAAUAGUUGGCACUUGUAUGUCAAUUUAUUUUAGUUGAUAUUUCAACAUGGGUAAUUAGGGAGCUUUUUGAUUUGAGAUAACAGUACAGUGGCGGAUACAGGAAUUUAAACUACUGUACAGUAGAGGAGGCCUGGGGAGGAACAUUCACAUGUAGAGGGUGUACACCACUUCAUGGCCACAUUAGUUGGGGCUGAGGUAAGAAAAUUUAUGAUUAUAGUACUUUAGUCUAGAUGGCCAGAAAUGGCAUUCUCAGACUUUUGGAAAAUAAAACUUUCUUUUAUUCUCACUUUUUUAUAACUUUGAAAAAUUUAAGGUGGAGGGAGGGACUUUUUUUUUGUCCAUUUUUUUAUGAGUUUAAAAAAUUGAAUCUGCCAUUGCAGUAAACCAUUAUGAUAUUUGAUGCUGCAGCUUCUUGUUCUUUAAUUCUACACAACUAUGGUUGGUCUUGUCUGAAUUCUGUUUGUUUUAGGAUGCCAUUGUUGCCCAAUCAAAAGCUCCCUAAUAGACCUAUCUGCUGACCCUAAUUUGUAACGUGCAAAAAUAGCAUGGUACCAUCUUUAUUUUAGUGUUUAUAUACUUUACUUCAAUAGAUAUACAGUACCAGGAGAUUAUAUAUCAAAUUGAUUGUUUUCCAUUGUAAAAUGUAUGCUUGCUUGUAUAGAAUAGAAGUACUGCAAUGUAAAGGUGAAUUUAUAAUGUGAGAUUUGGAAUGUUAACAAAUGCAAUUUAAGCAAACCUUUGGGAAUGUUACUACUUUUUUUGUAAUGUUAAUUUUAUACAAGCUCUUUGUAAAUUAUCAUUAAUUGGAAAAACACUCAACACCGUAAACAACACUAUAGAUACCUGUGCUUAUUCAAAAUUACGUAUGGAGAACUAGCAAUAUUUUUGGAUAUAAAUAAUAUGUAGAAACCUUUUUUCUUUUCCCCAAGUUAUUUUUGAAUUGGUUAAAAUAUAUUUAAUAUUUUAAAUACUUAAACUCUUUCAUCCUCAAACAAAUUGAACACUUGAAUUAUAAAAUAAAACUCUAAGUAUAAAUAAUAUGUAGGAACCAAUUUCAAAACCCAAGGAAAUAAACAUCACUGUUAAAAAAUAAUUAGAUUAUUCUUGGGAUAAAUGUACUGGUAUAUCUAAAUUUCAUACAGUACUGAUUAAAAUUGUAUUGAAAAUACAUUGAACCUUUUUUCUUUUCCCCAAGUUAUUUUUGUAUUGGUUAAAAUAUAUUUAAUACAGUAUUUUAAAUACUUAAACUCUUUCAUCCUCAAACAAAUUGAACACUUGAAUUAUAAAAUAAAACUCUAAGUAUAAAUAAUAUGUAUGAACCAAUUUCAAAACCCAAAGAAAUAAAACAUCACUGUUAAAAAAUAAUUAGAUUAUUCUUGGGAUAAAUGUAAGUCUGAUACAGUAUAUCUAAAUUUCAUACAGUACUGAUUAAAAUUGUAUUAAAAAUAUAUAUAUAUAUAACUUUUUUUCUUUUCCCCAAGUUAUUUUUAAAUUGGUUAAAUCCAAAUCCAGACACAAAAAAAAAACAAAUUGAAAAUAGUAUUUAAACUAAAUAAUGUAAAAAGUUGCUUCUCUUGUAUAUUUCAUGUUUAGCAUUUAAAUAAAAAUUAGAACAAAAACACAUACUGUUUUCACCAAUUCAUAACAAAGGUUGAAAUAAUAACAUGUUUAUAUUAUUUGCAUUCCCUUAAUUUCUGGCAGCAUGAAUUUAUGAAUUCUUAUAUAGACAUAUGAUUACUUUGGUAUAGUGAUACACCUCCAUUGGUGAUAAUGAUAAAUGUUUGAGAAAAAUUUAUGUCCCUAUCGGGUUUCGAACCCAGGGCCUUCCGAUUACCAUUCCGAUACUGCACCAACUGAGCUAUGAGUCCAAGUGGUGUACAGACUUGGAUUUUCCCAUUAGGACACCUUUAAUCUCAAGGUAUUGCUUAAUACGCAAUGAAUUAUAAAAAUCACAUGAUAGUAACUUUGGUAUGGAGAUACACCUGCCCUCCACUCCAAAAUAGACAUGUUAAGCUGUAAAUAAUUUUGAGAAUAAUUGAUAAAAGGUAAAUUUAAUUUUUGUUAUAUAUUAUGUUUAUAGUAUCAUUCUCUGUUUGAAUGACUUUAAAUUGAGUUUAAUAGGGAAUCAUGUUAUGAUGAGACCAGGCUUGUACAUUAGUCCUCUUGCAGCCUGACAGUGUUCAUAGUACAGCAGUUAGUAGUAUGGUUUGCCUUGCUGUGAAAAUGUUCUAACAAAACAAUACACAAUUUACAACUCAUUUACAAGUGUUCAUUGCUUUUAGCAUAAGUUAAUCUGAGUAAUGAAUAUACAGUUUACUCAAUGAAAAAUGUACAGGCAUUGGUGGCUCUACGAUUAAUAUAUGUAGUCAUAUUUUUGUAGCAUGUAGUACAAACCACUAAUAAAGACCAAUUUUAAAAGUUAGUUUCAACAAAUAAUAAAGAUGGCAGAGAAAAUGUCAAACGACCAUGAAUAAAUACUGAACAAACCCUAGUUAGAACCAUAAAACAGGAUAAUAAUAUGGGUAGGCUCCCCUUAGGCAUGACACAGUCUUUGUAAGGGGUGGAGUCCACUUGAUAAAGUAAAUGAGCAUAUAAACAAUAGCACCUUUAUAUAAGAAAUGUAAAGUGGGCAUAAAUUACCAUAGUAGUAGUAAUUAGCAUCUUUGCACCUAUUGUAUUAGAAAUCAAAUACCGUACUGUACAGUAUUAUGAGAGUUACUUUAUUGUUAAUUUAUGUAAGGGCACAUAGAAAAAAAUUGUUAGUUUUUCUUUUUUCUUUAAAAAACAAUAAAAUUAAACCAGUGAUAAUCUAAUAACUUUUUCUAUGUGUCCUAAAAUACAAUUAUAUAUAAUUUGAUUGAUACACAGUUAAAACAACCAAAACUUAAAACUCGUUGUCAGAAAUUAUUAGCAGUGGUUAUCACACUGGCUGGUUGUGGACAGAAUAUGAGAGAUAGCUGGUACCGGUUUACUGGGUAGCUCAGACAUGAAGAGACCCUUAAGGGAGCAGCAAGUUAUUGUAUAUGCUAGCCCACACUUUGAGCGCUUUGAGAGAUCGGUAUAAGCGCUAUAUAAAAUCGACCUGCAUUACAUUACAGUAAACGUCUGUUUUACGAACGACUUGUUAAAUCGAUGACGUCAUCACCAAUAAUACAGUAGUCCAAUUUUUUAAAAUAAUAAAGCAUUAUUCUACAGAAA